AGUUUAGUUUUGACAGAAAAAGUUGUUUGAAGCGCUUAAACUUCAUUCUAUUAUUUCUUUUGCAACCACCGGGUAACAAUACGAAAAUACAGGUUAAUGCUAAGUGAAAUGCAUUUGAUUUUGUAAGGAAAAUAUCAUCUGAAAUGUGGAAAUGCUUACCGAUGGAGGAAAGAUUCUAUGGAGUCAGCUAGCUCUGAAUGCUAGCUCGCUGACUAGCCAGAAAGGCUAAGGGGGUUAAUUCGUGAAUGAUGAAGAUUGCUCUAUAUAAAAAGCAGAGCAGGCAGCGCUUUCUUCAGAAGGCCGGGCUCUCAUUCCUGUCCAGACUCCACACUGGCCAGCCUUCUGUUCUGAGGGAGUGUUCACGCUUGGAAGUUCAGCAUUUUAUCUAAAAAGAUAUGACGAUCAUUCUUCUCCAACACUGAAGAAUAGAAACUCAACAGAAUGGAAGGCAAUGGCGAGAUCAGUGAUACUGAUAGUGGAAUCAUUCUUCACUCUGGCUCAGACAGCCCAACAUCGCAUACCAAGGAUGUGAGUACACACACAAGAGCCAUGAAGCUCAAGCAUCAGGCGCUUCAAGACCGACUUGAACUGUGCCUCCUAGAGCUGAAGAAACUCUGCAUUCGUGAAGCAGAGCUGACAGGUGAGCUCUCAGGAGAUUAUCCACUACAGCCAGGAGAGAAGCCUCCACAGAUCCGGAGACGCAUUGGAGCGGCUUUCAAACUGGAUGAGCAAAGCAUCCCUCAGGGAGUUGAGGACUCUGCCCUAAAUCUUGUGGAUGCUGAGUUGGCGCUUCAAUUUAAGAUCUACGAGGCGGCACGCAAACUUUGUGAGGAGAACCACCUGAGCAAGGCUGUUAGAAAGAGUCGCUUGGAGCAGUAUAAGCGAGAGGAGAAGAAACUCAAAAUCCUCCAAGAGACCGCUUUCCAGUUGCGGCUGGAACACGGCCGAUCCUCACCACUUCCUGCUUUUAAUAUACCGCAACAUGAUCUUGCUGCGUCUGAUGACAGCUCUUUGUCUGAUUCACUUGUCCAAGAUGAAGAAAUGACAAGAGAGUCUUCACAGCCACCCGCUGCGUCUUCGAAUUCCUACAUAGACGGUUCCUACCGGUCACCGUCUAAGGGUCCUCCAAACCUGCCUUUGACGCCGAGCUCAUCUCCCCAUCCCAGCCUUGACUCUUCUGUGAGUUUCAACUCAAGCCCCGCAAAUGACUUGCCUCCUAUCCAGCACUCCCCGUGGUCGGAGACAAGCCUGGACCAGCCAUACCAGAAGAGCAAAAAGUCACGUUCUUCCUGCAAAGCCAGUCCAGCCAAGAGUGAGGUACUUCCACCACUGGAGGCUUGCUUGCCAAUUUCUGCUCUGCCACAGCAACUGUCCCAUAUGAAACUGAGCCGCACACAGUCCAGCAGCAUGCCAACCACGCCGGAAAUGCGGGUGCACAGGCAACUGUCUCUCAGGAUAUCCAACCCUGAAUCUCCUCAUGGACCGGACAAGGACCGUGGUCGCUCUAGAGGUCCCAGAAGACGACUGACAGAUUACAUCACAACUCCAUCAGAAGCUCCUUCGCUCAUGUUUAGUCAAGUAAACCAUACGGGUUCUGAGGAUAGCAACUCUGAGUACUCAUUUGCAUCCUACAGCAGCUCCCCCAGUCGGGACCGGACUUGUGAUUUGCCUAAACACUAUCAGGUCGCCUCACCGCUCUCUGCUCCAUUUGGUAACUGUGGACCUGAAGCUUCCCCAAUUUCUGGAUAUUACCACAGUCCCCGACACCAGUCCAAUCCAGGUGUCCACAAAGCCUAUUACAAUGAGGAAGUUGUUUACCCUCCGUACGUGGACAUGCCAUGGAGUUAUUACGCCUACCGGAGUCCGUGUACACCCAGCAGAUAUGAAUACCGCUACAAAGAGGCUCCUGUGCCCAUGCAGAGGCAUUUGGCUCCUGAUCGCAGACACUCCCCCACAGCACAAUGGGAUCAUCCACAGUACCGCUCCAACUGCCUGCCACGGCAAGUGGUGAACGAACAGUUGAAAUCGUGGCACCGGCGCAGUCAGCUCAAAGGACCCAGGUCCCGUUCUCUUGAUAGACAGGGAGCAGUCCGGGUGAAAAACAUGGCAGCGCUGGAGGCAAUCAGAUAUAAAAAUCAGAAAUCUCAAGAGCAGGACAUCCAAAGAAAAGCUCUUCAAUUAUCUGCAGACGACUCUCAAGGACACUGGGUUGUAGAUGAUGGUACUCACUACAUUAGUCAAGUAUGACUGACUGAAUGAAUGAAUGCGGACUUGUUGACAAACCAUGGAUGGAAAAGAAAUACAGGUAGUAAUGUUGUGAGGUUUUGUGAUGAAUGUCACAAAUUUGCAACAUAACUCAUCGCAGAUGAACUGAAGCGGCCAAAUAACCUUGAUUAUCUUGAGCAUGUCUCUCACUUGACACCAUGUUUCACAUUUAGCGAUACUGUCGUAGUAGUUGUAUGAAGAAUGUGACAAGGGCGUAGGUUUGGUCUCAACAUUGAUAGGCACGAUAUAACAGCAUAACCUGUAUGUACACUUGUGGCCUAUAAGUCAGGGCUACAUUUCUCAGGAAUAUGAAACUAAUUCAUAGACAUGUACCCAAAGAUGUCCCGAUCGAUCGGCAUCUCUGAUCACGUCAUUUUCAAAGUAUCGGAAUCGGCAAAAAAAUAUCGGACAUGCCUUUUUUAAAUAUAAAUACCUGUAUUAGUUUUAAUUAAAUCGUUUUCUAAUUGUAUUUAACGUUACAGACAAAAUGUCUUACACUCAUCCAGAGUCUUUAGUUUUGGCUUAAAGUAGGGCUAUCAAAUUUAUCGCGUUAAUGGCGGUAAUUAAUUUUUUUUUUAAAUUAAUCACGUUAAAAUAUUUAACGCAAUUAACGCAUGCACUGCACGACCUACUCACGCAUUGUCGCGUUCAAUCUAUAAUGGCGCCGUUUUACCUAUAUAUGGAGCGAAAAGGCAGCGCAAAAUGAGUAGAGUGAAUUUUGGCAGUCUUUGGAGCAUUUUUUUAAUGGGCUAAAGCCUAACAAUCCCUCUCUCGACAAUUAGAAAUAUCAUGGGAGGCAAUGUGGGGAAGCAAGGUAGUAGUUCAUCUUUUUCUUAACACCCUAUGUUAUUUCCCAACGCAGAGAAGAUAUAUGAAUUGGUGCCACUACGCACAGUGAUGGUUGCACUUCUCAUCAUGCAUUUGGGCAGAACAGUUAAAUGGCUACAGUAUCAUUUACUGAAAGCUCAACAAAUACACUAGAUGGCAAAAUUUAGUCACAAUAUAGAAAGUCACAUUUAUCCUUUAAGAAUUACAAGUCUUUCUAUCCGUGGAUCCCUCACAGAAAGAAUAUUAAUAAUGUAAAUGCCAUCUUGAGGAUUUAUUGUCAUAAUAAACAAAUACAGUACUUAUGUACUGUAUGUUGAAUGUAUAUAUUCGUUUGAGUAUUGAGUCGGGAGCAAAAAAAAAAAGCAAUCGAAUCGGGAAAUAUCGGGAUUGGCAGAUACUCAAACUAAAACGGUCGGGAUCGGAUCAGGAGCAAAAAAACAUGAUCGGAACAACCCUACAUGUACCGAUUACCGGUUUCAAGGUAUACCGUGGUAUGAAAACGUCAGUUUCAAAACCGCAAAACUUUGCCGUCAUACCAUCCCAACGGUAUUAACUAGGGCUGUGACAAAAUAUCGAAAUGGUGUGGACCGGCACAUUCCGCAAGUGAAAGGGGGUAAGUCUGAACAUAACGAAAAGAAUUCACUUAACAAUGGUAGGGUCAAUUCUAUCCUUACAACAUAUGGGAAGACAAUCUAAAUUACCUAUAUAACUGAACUCAUUAUUUAAUGCAAAUAAAGUUGCUUAAAAGUUGGUGGGGACAAUUUGAGCAUCCUGAAAAGUUGGUAGUGUUAUGUCCCUACUGUGCCUACGCAAACCUACGCCCUUGGAAGAAUGUGAGCCACUAUUGUAAAAUAAUGUAGAUGAUUGAUGUGCUUUAACGAGUUGUAGAAAAUUUUUGUGUGUGCUGGAUCAAUCAGCAUCUCAGUUUUGCCUCUUAAUCGUGUUUUUCAAUUGGAAGAAAAGUCCUGUUUACAGUUGCUUUAUUUUUGUGUGAGUAAAUUACUGAUGUGCCUAUGACACAACUAGUUGAAACGAUGCUACUGUCCUACUUUAGUCAAUGUAGCACGGUAUGAGAAAAGACUUGAUGCUUGGCAGCUGCAUGUCAGAUGAAAAUUUGUGAGAUUGUGAUUGCAGUAGGUCAAAACUGAGUUUGCCAAUGUCUCACAGUCUAAGUAGAAGUCAUUACAAGUCCAUUCACAACUUCUCACUGUUUUUUUCUAUUAUUUAUUCAACCGAUGAAAUCGACUCAAGUCAGACUUCAAAUUAGUGAAGCUGCAGAGUGAGUUUGUGAAAGGCUAAUGCAGUACACACUUGUAUGAAAGAGACUUCAAUCACGUUCCCCUCUGUGCAUUUUGACUGUUUUUUUUCAUGGAAGCAUUUUAGAUGCUGUGAUUAAAAUGGAAAUCAUGUAUUUGCAUAUUUGGAAAUGUUUUCCUGUGGAAUAAAGCCUUUUUUUUAUUAC